CAAAAAAUCAUUUCGUCUCUGUCUUCACGACGAGGAGUACGCUCGCUGUCUUUUCAACACUUUGGUAUCUACACCGGCUUUCGGAUGUUUGUGGUGCAUGCGCGUCCAUCUCGCGCUCGCGGUUCACCAGUUGAAACAUCGCAAAAUUUUCUUGAACAUGUUUCGGUAAACAUUUACGAAAAAUAUCGUCGAAAUGACAAGAUUUAACAAGAAAAUGUUCAAAAUGAAUCUCCCACCUAAAUAUUAUGUUGGAACUUCACCACUAAAACAUCUUAUUUCGUGUUUGCAAUUGUCAAUUUAUAAACAAUGUCUAAGUUUAAAAGAAAAAACUUGCGCCCAUUCAAAGUGUGUAGUAGCGCCCUUUUAAAUAAUAGUGAAAUUGAAUUGUCCCAUUUGUGUGCUACAAUGGAUGUGGUAAAAAUCAAAAUGAGAAAAUUAUCGGAUGGCACCGAAUCUCCCAUUUUAGAGGAAACGGAGAGUGCCAAUUCAGAAAAACCAAAACUUGUUAAAUAUGGAGAACUAGUCAUUUUAGGAUAUAAUGGAUUUUUACCUCAAGGUGACAGGGGGAGGAGGCGAAGCAAAUUCGUUUUCUGUAAAAGACAAGUUGCCAACGGCGUUAAACGGUUACGACACUACGUAGUUAGGACACCACAUUCAACACAAGCCAUUUUAGAUGCCACCCAACAUUCGAUUUCCUACACAUUAUCGAGAAAUCAUGCCGUUAUUGUAGAAUAUACCAAUGAUGAAGAUACCGAUAUGUUUCAGAUUGGUAGAUCAUCAGAAGCCCCCAUAGAUUUCGUCGUAAUGGAUACCAUAGCCGGCGAUAAGACGGGAGAUACGAGAGUUAACCAAAGUACGAUAUCGAGGUUUGCCUGUAGGAUAUUAUGUGAUAGAAAUAAUCCAAAAAUAGCUAGGAUAUACGCCGCCGGCUUCGAUACUUCUAGAAAUAUAUUUUUAGGGGAAAAAUCUUUAAAGUGGCAAGAAAACGGUAGAGAAAUAGAUGGAUGUACAACAAAUGGUGUUUUAAUAAUGCAUCCCGGAGGAAGCUUUUAUGGCGGAGAAGCCAAAUACGGAUGCUGGUUAGAAACAUCUGUUGGAGGCGGUAUCUUUUCCUUGAGAGAAUCUAGGUCUGCACAGCAAAGAGGGCAAGUGGUGGAAGAAGUCACGAACGUGCUGCAAGAUGGAACUUUAAUAGAUUUAUGUGGUGCCACUUUACUAUGGCGAUCAGCCGAAGGUUUAAGCAAAACGCCGAAUAAACGAGAUUUAGAACGAGAAGUAGACGAAAUUAAUGCAGGUCGACCGCAAUGUCCGGUUGGUCUCAACACAUUGGUGAUUCCUAGAAGAGUAUCACCUAAUGAAAAUCAACAACAGCCUUAUGUUUAUUUAAAUUGUGGACACGUCCAAGGCUUACACGAUUGGGGCCAAGAUAGAGAUACAGGAUCAAGAAAAUGUCCAAUUUGUUUAGAGGUCGGACCUGUUGUUAAAGUAUUCAUGGGGUUAGAACCAGCUUUCUAUGUCGAUUCAGGAUCACCGUCAUUUGCUUUUAAUCCUUGCGGUCAUAUGGCAACGGAAAAAACUGUCAAGUAUUGGGCCAACGUCCCGAUUCCACAUGGUACUAAUGGUUUCCACGCAGUUUGUCCAUUUUGUGCUUCUCCUUUAUUAGGUUCACCGGGUUAUGUUAAAUUAAUAUUUCAAGAUAACGUUGACUAAAUAUCUUUUUUAUAGAGGGGUAAUGUAUUUUAUCAAUAAUAAUAAUAAAGCAAAAUUUGCAAAUCUGGUCAUGUUGAUACUUUUUAUUUCUUAUACAAGUUACAUCAAAUCUUUUUAAACUUUUUAUGUUAACUGAAUAAAUUGUAAUAAUUGUCAUAAA